AUGGCUAGUAACGAAGGUGUAAUUAAUGUCGAUGAUCAACAAGACGUUGGAGUUCAAGUCCCAGGUGAAGUUGAUAUUGAGAAGAAAAUAAAGCAAGACCUAAGUUACGGUCCAUUGAAUGGCAGCAUUUUCCAUAUGUUAAAGGCACAACAUAAAUCAGAAUGCACACAUUGUAAAAAGGUUUUAGCUUGUGGCACUAAAGGGAAUGGUACCUCCUCAUUACUCAGUCAUCUAGUUGAUUCUUGUAGGCGCAGCCCCGGUUAUGAAGGUAAAGACAAAGAUGCAAAGAAACAAACAAAAUUAAGCUUUAAGUCAGAAGGUACCGAGGUGGGUGGGCCUUUGGCUAAGCAUUCCUUUAGCCAGGAGAAGUGUAGAUUGGCCCUUGGCAAAAUGUGCAUUAAAGACAAUCGACCGUAUAUCAUUGUUGAUGAUGAGGGCUUUAAGGAAUUUGUGUGGGAAUUGAAUCUGGAAUUUCAGAUGACAUCUAGAUGGACUGCAGCUCGAGACUGUAUAGAGAUUUAUGAACAAGAAGCAAAAAAAGUUAAAGAGAUGUUGAAAGGCCAAACAGUGCGCCUAACUAUCGACACAUGGUCAUCUGUUUAG